ACAAGAAGCCCAGCCUAAGUUUGAGACUGCUGUAGUACAAUCUGCAGAAUUUGCCACCUUUGCUAUUGAAUGGUGUUAUCUUUUAGAAAAAAAUGGUUCAACAAGUUCCAGAAAACAUAAACUUUCCAAACGAGGAAGAGAAGAUACUGGAGCUGUGGAAAAAUCUUAAUUGUUUCAAGGAAUGCCUAAAGCAAUCAAAGAACAGACCUAGAUUUAACUUCUACGAUGGGCCUCCAUUUGCUACUGGGCUUCCACACUAUGGCCAUAUUCUUGCAGGAACCAUUAAAGACAUAGUGACCAGAUUUGCUCAUCAGAGUGGUUUUCAUGUUGACAGAAGAUUUGGCUGGGAUUGCCAUGGUUUACCUGUGGAAUAUGAGAUUGACAAGACCUUAGGUAUUAAAGGGCCAGAGGAUGUGGCAAAAAUGGGGAUUGAAGAAUACAACAAUCAGUGCAGAGGAAUUGUGAUGAGAUACUCAAAGGAAUGGGAGUUCAGUGUUACCAGAUUAGGACGCUGGAUUGAUUUUGAAAAUGACUAUAAAACUCUUUAUCCCGAGUUCAUGGAGUCUGUGUGCAAUGGGUUUCUUGGAAACAACUGCUUUGUAGGCAUUGUGCUGCUAUGCCAUAUGGUGGCUGACAGUAGAAUGCAUUUUCAGGCUGCUAAAUUUGAACUUGGAACAAAACUUCAUCCAAUGGUGGGCAUUGGUGCUCGGAGGAAGCUCGUCGGGAGUCAUCUCUGUGCUGCUUCUGAUGGUCGGAAGCUCGUUGGGAGUCAUCUCUGUGCUGCUUCUGACGGUCACACAAGAACUGUUCUUGGAAGCCUUUUUGUUAAGGAAACCAAUAGAAAUCAGUGCAAUAGUCUACUUGCAUUUUGUGUUGAGGGUUAUGAUUUCAAACAUAGAAGACAAGACACUGACUUAAAUACAGGUCCAGAUUCUCAAGCACAAAAUGACAGCCGACAGAAGGAAGUGCUGCUUGCCAGGUGGGUUUUCAAGCAACUGUAUGACAAAGGACUGGUGUAUAGAGGUGUCAAGGUCAUGCCUUUUUCAACUGCAUGUAACACCCCACUGUCAAACUUUGAGUCCCAUCAGAAUUACAAGGACGUUCAAGAUCCUGCAGUGACUGUGAGCUUCCCACUGGAUGAAGAUGCAAAUGUUUCUCUUGUUGCUUGGACCACUACUCCUUGGACCUUGCCUAGUAACCUGGCCCUUUGCGUUAAUCCGGAAUUGCAGUAUGUUAAGUUGAGAGAUAGUGCCACGGGAAAGAUCUACGUUUUGAUGGAAUCCAGGCUGAUAGCACUGUACAAAUCUGACAGUGAAUAUGAGAUACUUGACAGGUUUCCUGGCAUUGCUCUUAAAGGCAAGAAAUAUAAACCACUCUUUGAAUAUUUUAUUCAGUACAAAGAUAAAGGUGCCUUUGCUGUGGUGGUAGACAGUUACGUGAAGGAGGAGGAAGGCACAGGUGUUGUACAUCAGGCCCCCUAUUUUGGUGCU